AUGUACGAACUUGACACGACAAGAAGCUGGGAUUUACUGGGCCUCACACCUGGGACUCCAAACACUCUUCUGUCCGAUGCCAACUAUGAUGAAGAUGAGAUAAUUGGAGUAAUGGGCACAGGAAUCUGGCCGGAGCCGGAAAGCUUCAGCGACGAGGUAGGACCAGUGCCACCAACAUGGAAAGGCGUGUGCCAGGAAGGAAUGCGCUUCAACGCCUCAAACUGCAACAAGACGAUAAUUGGUGCUCGCUUUUUCCUAAACGGGAUCAGUGCCGUCCAUGAAUCAGGCCAGGCGCAGCAGUCGCCUGCUGAACGAGGCUCGGAGUUUCUGUCUCUGAGGGACGCUGAUGACCACGGGACUCACACUGUCUCCACUGCGGCCGGCUCUUUCGUGCGCAACGAUAGCUGGGGCGGACUUGGCCACUGCUUGGAGAGAGGAGGAGCUCCUCGUGCUCGCUUGGACAUCUACAAGGCUGCCAGCAGGGGUCAAGGCGCCUGCAGUUCCGCAGACAUGUUGGCUGCCUUUGAUAGUGCCAUAAGUGAUGGCGUAGAUAUUGUCUCCGUUUCAGUGGCCAGAAAUAAUAUAUCGAUUGGUGCAUUUCAUGCAGUGGCUAGAGGAAUCACUGUCGUGAGUUCGGCCGGAAACUCUGGGCCCAGCCCCCAGAAGGUCGGGAAUACGGCGCCUUGGAUCAUAACAUUGGCUGCUAGCACCGUUGAUCGUUCGUUUCUUACUGUCGUAACUCUCGGAAACAACAGGACGCUCAUUGUCAUAUGUGUAGAUUCUGGAACCAACCCACAAGUCUAUUUGUCAACUGUUUCUAAAAGAAUUCCAACUGUAAAGCUGAGCUCCCCGACUAGCGCAGUGGGAAGGGUAACCUCUCCAAAGGUGGCUGCUUUCUUCUCCAGAGGCCCUAAGUCCUUAUCUGUAGACGUUCAGAAGCCUGAUAUGGCUGCUCCAAGAGUUGAUAUUCUAGCCGCAUGGGUUGAAGAUGUCCCCUACCGCUUCAGUUCCGGAACAUCAAUGGCUUGCCCUCACUUAUCUGGAAUUGCAGCAAUGCUCAAGUCUUUGCAUCCCACUUGGAGCCCUGCUGCCAUAAAAUCUGCCAUUGUCACCACAGCCUCUACCGUGGAUGAAUAUGGUAAUCCAAUCAUAGCAGAAGGGAACCCACGCAAGCUUGCAGAUCCAUUUGAUUAUGGAGGUGGCCAUGUUAAUCCAAACGAGGCAACAGAUCCAGGCCUCAUUUACGAUAUGGCAGUUGCAGAUCAUGUGCAGUUCCUAUGUUAGGUUACAGCAAGUCCACCAUCAAAGCCAUACCAGGACUUGCAACAUC